AUGCAGAUGAGAAGCACAUUUUCCAGAUUUGUGGAGGUGCCGAAUGCCAUCUUUGAUGAGGAAAAUGAUCGAUCAGGAGUGCGCAAUAACAUAGUCAACGACAUUGACGACGACCACCUAGAAUCACUCUAUGUUAUUAUGGCAAGCGACGAGGUUGAUCGCCGGCCUGCGCUGGCUGUCAUAGUUGGCGGGCUGCCUCGGACUGGCACUACAUCCAUGACCAAAGCUCUCGAAAUUCUUCUAAAAGGUCCAGUUUUCGAUGGGGGUGCGGCUUCGUAUCUUGAUGACGCCGAUAUGCAACGACGAAUGCUGGAGCUCGCGCGACACUGUCCCAUGAAAACUCUGGUCGAUCGCACCUUUGUACAGUAUCGUCUCGCCGAAUUAACUGAAGGCUGUGUGGCAAGCUCCGAUCAACCUGGUUGUUACUUCCUCGAGGAGCUGUUACACCUGUACCCGGAGGCCAAAGUCAUAUGCACUGUUCGAGACCGAGAGUCGUGGUGGGCCAGCUAUUCAGCACUUUGGCAGAGUAUCCAUGACCUAUCUCCUUGGUCGUGGCUCUCUCCCAGCCUGAGGCGCUUUUGCAUCUUCUCUCAUGAGUUCUGGAAGCGUGUCCCGCAAGCUGUGGGCAUACCUCCGUGUGAGCCAUGGCCUAUGGUUAACCAGGAGGGACUUUAUGAAGCGCAUGCUGAGUAUGUUCGGCGCGUGGUGCCACCGCACCAGCUCUUCCUCUUCAACGUCCGGGAUGGAUGGGAGCCAUUAUGCAAGAUUCUCAACGUGGAUAUUCCGAUUGAGCCUUUUCCGCACAUGUUCCCAAGGUCCUGGCUGAAGAAUGGAAAUAUUGCUUUGAUUGCGCAACUGAAGAGACGUUUGGCAAUCUUGGUGGUCAAGUUUGCUCCAUUUGCAACCCGUGUCCGGCAAGGCUACGUUCCUAAUCAGACCGAAAAGGACCUGGGAUUACACCUGGAAAAUGCCUUGAAAGGCGUUCUAUUGCCAGAUAGAUGGCCGAAGAGUGCUGUCGACGUCGCAGUAACAGUCCUCGAGGGAGAAGAUGACCAAGAGGAGGGGGAUCGGUUUGCGGGGCUCGGGCUCCUCAACCUGCUGGCGGCCGCAAUCAAUGUGGCUAUGGCAGCGCUUGCCGAUGCGAAGAUCGACUGUUUGGAUCUGUUGGCCGCAGGCGUCGGUGCUGUUGUUCCUGGACCCAACUCAAAGUCUUUACGAGUACUAGAUCCUGCGGCUUUGGAACACGAUGAGAUACAGGCGAGCUGUGUGGUGGGCUACUUGUCGUCGAGGGAUGAGAUUGUCGAAGUGUGGUCGAGUGGUUCUAUAUCAACCCAAGACGCUAAUGCAUCCGUUGGAUUCGACGAUUUGGUUGAUGCUGCCGUGGCUGCUGCACGAGGGGCCCAGACUGUUCUAAAGGAGGCCUUGCUGGAGUCUGUGACAAGAAAUCGGAACGCACUCAAAAAUGCAACUCAGGGAGAAUUGAAUGACGUUGAAAUGGAAACAUGA